AUGUUCAGCAGCCCCGCUUCCAGCGGCACGGUGGGAUCCAGCGCCGCAUCAGCCUCGUCGCAAAGCCGCCGCCGAUCCGACGCGCAGCACCGCGGACCGUCGCUGGAUGCCUAUCUGCAGGACGAUGCGCGGUCGUACCGGCCCCCAAUCGACGCCUGGCAGGAGGGCAGCGCCGGAUUCACGGAGCGCAUCGCUACCAAUUACUCCUUGCCGCAGCCUUCCCACAACGAACCGCUCCUGGGCUUCGCCGCCUCAGCCGGCGAAGUCGACCACCAAUACCCGUACGCCACCUCCAUCACGCUCAGCAAGAGCUCCAUGGCGCCGUCGCAGGCACCGCCCCCGCCGCAGGUCCACAACCGCGCCCCGUCGACCGUCGCCUCGGCCUCGGCCUACUCGUCGUCGCGCGCCGGCGGCCCGCCCUCGCUCAUCCACGACGACCGCACCUCGUGCGCCGAGUCGUCGUCGGUCGACACCGAGUACGGCAAGAUCGUGCAGGGCGUGCGCCUGCUGGAGCCCGACGCCGACGGCGUGCUGGUGCAGCCGCCGCCCGCGACGACGCCCGUGUACGAGUGCACCUUCCACUUCCUCGCCUGCCGCUUCUGGACCCGCGACGAGGCCGACUGGCGGCUGCACAACCUCUGCCACUUCCACGGCAACCCCCCGCCGCGCUCCGUGACGUGCCCGCUCUGCGACCAGUGGGGCUUCGACGGCGCCGACGGCGCCGCGGCGUGGGACGCGCGGAUGAGCCACCUCGCCGCCCACGUCCGCAUGGGCGCCACCCUCGCCACGUCGCGGCCGGACUUCAAGCUGUUCCGCUACCUGUGGCAGAAGCGCAUCAUCGACGACGCCGAGUACAAGGAGCUGAACGGCCGCGGCAGCUUGUCCCCGCCGCGCUCUGGGCUCAUGGCCGGCCCCUCCCACACGACCGAGGGUCCCAGCUAUGAUGAGCGGCGACGACGAAUCCCGCACUAUCCUCGACCGAGAGGGUACUGA